CGGCGCCGCGCAGUCAUGGCGGGGCAGGGCGGCCCCGGGAGCCCCGGGCGGGCGGCCGGGGGGCGGAAGAUGUCCUUGCAGAGAUGUGAAACGUGUAGUGAAGAGGAAGCUAAGUACAGAUGUCCACGAUGCAUGAAAUAUUCAUGCAGUCUAUCGUGUGUAAAGAAGCAUAAGCUUGCACUGAGCUGUAAUGGAAUCAGGGAUAAAACAUCGUUUAUCUCCGUAAAUGAAUUUACCGACUUGAACCUUCUGAGCGAUUACCGUUUCCUGGAAGAUGUAGGAAGGACAGCUGAUGCUGCGGCUCGAGAUCUUUCUGUGCACAGGCCAUCAACAAAUAAAUUUAUAAAUUACUUGCGAAACAGAGCUCGAAGGCAUAACAUCAACCUGAAGACGCUGCCCAUUGGAUUUACAAAAAGAAGAGAAAAUUCAACCAUCUUCAAUAAGAAGGAGCAGAAGUUCUACUGGCAUUUGAAGCUUGUGUUUCCUCACUGUCACGCUGAAUACACUUUAAAAAGGGUGCCAGAGGAUAAAACACUCACGGAUAUCCUUAAGCCCUACAUUGAUCCAGUGGAGUCAGAUCCUGUAGUUUGUCAAAGAUUAAAAAUCUAUACAAUGUCUCCUCAGUCAGAUGUACAAAUUUUAAUGAAAAUAGAAAACAGGAAGCAAAACUCUAUCAGGUACAAUGAACUGGAUGCCAGUAGAAGCCUCCUAGAAAAUUUGAAAAACAAAGUAAUAAUUGAGUACCCAACGUUAUUUGUUGUCUUAAAAAAAUUGAAGAAUGACAUGGUGGUUCUUGGCCAAGAUGCCAGCAAAUCUGCAGAGGACUCGGACAGUGAAAGUUCAUCCCUUUCAUCUGAGGAAGAAGGGGAAAUUCGGGAGAGUUCAUGACAGUUCUUUGUGAGAAGAGGGUGGGAUGAGCCUUUUAUAUAUAUAUAUUUUAAUAAAAAUCAAAUGUUUUUUACACAGUGGGUUUCUCUGAGGUUCGGUUUGACUUGCUUCACUAAAGGCAGCACUUCCAAGCUGCCUCCCUAACUUUGGAUUUAGUAAUGUGUGUUUAGGUAUGUAAAUAAAGAGAUGGGUAAUUAAUGGUUCAAGAAAAAUCUGAUAUUAUUGCAUAGCAUCCUUUUAUCCGUGUAUCUUUACUAAACAGAGUAACUCAGAUUUAAAGUUUCCAAGUUCAUUUCAACAGUAUUUUUUUCCUUUUAUCCUAACAUCUCAAUGUCUGAUUUGUUUGAGCAUAAAUAUCUUACCACAUAGUUGUAUUUAUCUGUGGAUAUCAGCCAUCGUGCUUCAACUUACUGAAAAAAAAUCUGGUGUUUCAUUAGAUCAGUUUUCUUUUAGGGUAUUUCUUUGUCAUGUUGAGCUCUGCACAUGAUCUUACUGUACUUUUGGUUUUAUUUUUCUUUAAUUUAUUUGACUUGAAUCUUUGGUGGCGUUUCAGAUGUCUAGCGCAGUAUCUUUUUCUUAUUUGGUUGUAUCUUGCUUAAUAUAUCAAGCAAGGACCAAGUUGAGCCAUGUUUUAUGCGUGGCAUGUUUAAUCUUCUACCCUGAUCUUCUAAAUUAGCAUCAGUUUAAAAAAUAAAUAGAAGUAUGGAGCGUCACUAGUGCUAACAUACUGAUCUUCUAAACAGCACUGAUGUUUUGCAUCUGGUAAUCUUGUGUUAUUGCUUUGCCUGCUGAAGCCAGAUACUGCAAAUGUUUACUGGAAUAUCAGCUGAAUUUACCUAAUUAAAAGCAAAUAAAGACAAA